AUUUCAUGACGUCAUGGUUUGUAAAAAUGGCGGAUCGUAGUGAGUAUCGACGACACUCAGACGCAAAAUCAAAGUCUAGAGAUGAAAUUAUCAGUCAGAAGCGUGAUAAAAAGAAGCGGAAACAUAAGCAUAAGCAUAAAAAUAAGCAUAAACAUAGCAGUGGGGACAGGUCCAAAAAACACAAAAAGAAGUACCACAGCUCUUCAGAAAGUGACAUAGAAGAAAUGGUGCAAUCAAAAAAGCAAAAACUGAAUCAUGAAGAUCUGGAAUUGGAAAGACUGGAAGCUGCUCGUAAGGCUCUCACAGCAGAACUUAUUGGAAGAGAUGGAGAUGAUGCAUUAAGAGCAAUCAAUCUCAUUGCAAAGGGCUAUAAUUCAGACUCAGAGGAGGAGGAAGGGGAAGUAGAACAUGAAUCGACUAAAGAAGAGCUCAGAAAAGCAAGGGAAGUCUUAGCAAGGAUGGAUUCUCAGUCAGCCAACAUGGGUAAUUCUGGAUCUCUGACAGGAAAAGACAACAACCACAGUCAUCAUCGUGAGUUCACAGAGUUUGAAGAUUUCAGGAUUUACAAACCUAGAGAAGAAAUAGAAGAUGAUGAUAGACAUAGGAACAGUUUAGAAAAUAAAUCAAACGAUAGGCACAUUUCAAAAUCAUUAGAUCAUCAUGGAACACCUGAAAUAGAUUCAACAGAGCUUUUAGAUGAAGGUUUAGAGCUAUUGGACAGUGUAGGUAUCCCCACCUCAGCCGCCACUUCUUCAGCAAAUAAAUUGACACCUUCAUUGGCAGCUAGACUAGGCCCUGAAGUUAGUUCAGUCCGGGCUAAAGUUCAAAGCCUUGUUCAGUCAAAGAAAACAGCAGAAAAGGAGAUGGCACCAUCUGCCAAGCCUGAGCAGCAGCGUAAAAUACGAGAAGAAAAAGAAAACAGGGUGGUGGAGAUACUGGACAGUGAUCAAGAAGAGGGUGAGACCAGAGAUGAAGAUGAAGUCAUUCAAAUUGAUGAUGAUGAUGUCAUAGAAAUACGUAAACAUAGUAAGCAGCGUCGGAAAUCAGGGAACCAACUUGAUCCUGAUAUUUCUAUAGUAGAAGAAAAGUCCCAUGGUCCAUCACCCAGAAAGAAAUCAGAAAGAAAACUCAGAAAAAGUCCAUCAAGGAAAGAUGGCUUAUAUGACAAGUCUGAAUCUAAAUCAGGGCGUGAUAAAGAAUCAAGGCUCAGGAAAGAUGACAGAAAGCAAGGAGAGAGUCGCAGAAAGCGUGAAGAAAGUGGCAGAAAUGUUGAGCGUAGACGUGAAGAUCCAAGAAGGGAGGAUAGGAGAGCAGGAGGUGAUGAUAGAAGAGGUGGAGGAGAAGAUAGGAGAAGUGGAGUUGAUGAAAGAAGGGCAGUUUUGGAUGACAGGCGGGCUGGUGCCGAAGACAGGAGACUAGGAGGAGAAGAAAGAAGAAAUGGGAUGGAAGAUAGGAGAGGAGUAGAAGACAGGAGAAUGGGGGUAGAAGACAGGAGAAUGGGGGCAGAAGACAGGAGGUCAAUUACGGAUGACAGAAGAGGAGGUGGGGAUGAUCGUCGCCGAGAAGAUCCCAGAAAACCUGCAGAACCAAGAGACAGGAAAGACAGUGACCGUCCUGAUGCCAGACGACCUGCAGACAGACCUGAUCGCAGGCGUGAUGACAACAGACUGCCCGAUCGUGGGGCAAGAAGAAGAACUCCAAGUCCUUUUAUGGGCAGAAGAUAUAGAGAAGGACAGGAUAAAGUGAGAGAUGGCAGAGGUAGAUCAAUAGAUAGAGACAGAUCUGAUUCUAAAGGACCUGAAGAUAAAUUUAAAGACAGUUUGUCUGAAGGUCUAGCUUUACAGAGAGAUGAGUCAGAUGAUGAUGAAGAGCUAGACAUAAGUUUAGAAGAUGAAGAAGAAGAUGCUGAUGCCAUCAUUGAAAGAAGGAGGAAAGAAAGACAAGCAUUGUUGGAGAAAUUGAAACUAACCAAUCAGGUGGAAGAUUCCAACUCGAUGGAUGUUUCUAGUAUUGGUGGUAAUGAGCCUAUGGUAACUCAGGAAAUGUCACAACAAGCUAUAGAACAGAAGGAAGAAAUGGAACAAAAAGCCAGGGAGGAAAUGAAACAUUUGUAUGGUGAAGAUUAUGAGGAUGAUGAAAAGAGCAGAGAUGCUGUGUCAAGUGUUCCUCGAAGUCCAGACAGUCAGAGAAGUCGGAGUCAUAGCUUAGGCAGCAACACAAGUAGGGACCACCAACAGAGGCUGAGCCGAAGUACGGCUAGACGAAGCAGGGACAGGGAUGAGCAUAGGAGUGGAAGCAGGCGUAGUCGAAGUGUGAGUGGAGGUCGGGAUAAACGAUCCAGUGAGAGCCGUAGUUCAUCCAGUGAAAGUGACAGGUCAAGUAGCUCAGGCAGUGAUAGUGAUGCUAGUAGCUCUGAUGAGGAGAAGCCCAGCCACAAGAAAGAAGACAGUACACAAAUCCACGACAAGGUCUUAGUCAAUGGAGAGAACAAAGACAAUGUAUCUGGCAAUGAGGAGAAUGAUGACAAAUCUCAAAAAGAAGAAGGGAAAAAAACAAAGAACGAUGUUGUGGAUAUGUUUGCAGACACUGAGGACAUGUUCAGUGAAAAUUAUAAUAGCCCUGGUCUGAGAAGAGGUCUGAUGGGAGUUGCAGAGAAUCCCAAUCUGACUGACAACUGGGACGAUGCAGAAGGAUACUAUCGUGUGAGGAUUGGAGAAACUCUAGAUAAACGUUACUCUGUGUAUGCCUACAAAGGCCAGGGUAUGUUCAGUAAUGUUGUCAUGUGUAGAGAUGCAGCAAGGGGGAAUACAGAUGUUGCCAUUAAGGUUAUUCGUAAUAAUGAAAUGAUGUUAAAGACAGGUAUGAAAGAGUUGGAGUUUCUCCGUAAGUUAAACGAUGCUGAUCCAGAUGACAAGUUCCACUGCCUGCGUUUGUUCAGACACUUCUACCACAAGCAGCAUCUUUGUCUGGUGUUUGAACCUCUCAGCAUGAACUUGAGAGAGGUUCUAAAAAAAUAUGGUAAAGAUGUUGGACUUCACAUAAAAGCAGUGAGGUCGUACAGUCAGCAGUUAUUGCUAGCUCUUAAACUUCUACGCAAAUGUAGUAUUUUACAUGCAGAUAUCAAGCCUGAUAACAUUUUGGUGAAUGAAUCAAAAAUGGUGCUCAAAUUGUGUGAUUUUGGUUCUGCCUCACACGUAUCAGAGAAUGACAUCACCCCUUAUCUUGUGAGUCGUUUUUACAGAGCACCAGAAAUCAUUCUGGGUUUAGGGUAUGAUCACAACAUAGACACCUGGUCUGUGGGGUGUACACUGUUUGAGUUGUACACUGGCAAAAUACUUUUCCCUGGUACAAGUAGCAAUGACAUGUUAAAAACCAUUAUGGAUUACAAAGGCAAAAUCCCAAAUAAGAUGAUCCGUAAAGGCAUGUUCAAAGAUCAACAUUUUGACUCAUCAUACAAUUUCCGCCACCAUGAGAUGGACAAAGUAACACAAAGGGAAAAAGUGACUGUGAUGUCUUCAAUCAAUGCCACCAAGGAUAUGCUGGCUGACAUGGUCCCAUUCAACCGUCUCCCAGAGGAUCAGCUGAGGAAAGUGACGCAGUUAAAGGACUUGUUGGACAAACUGUUAGCCCUAGACCCGUCCAAGCGUAUCCCCAUCAACCAGGCUUUGUCCCAUCCUUUUAUAACAGAAAAAAUCUGAGCCUGUAAAGUUGAAAAUUUGCGGAUAAACAUUUUUUUAUAGCCCAAACCAUUGGGUUGAGUGGUUUCUGGAGGUUUUUGGUUACAUUUUUAGUGGAUCAGGCUCUUAUUCUCUGCUUAAUGAAUUGUUUGAAAAUCAAAGGUGACUUGAUGGGUUGAUUUACUAGCAGUGGAAUAUUUCUUGUGUAUGAAAAGAGAAUGUUGAAAAUAAAUGCUCUUAUUUUCCAGGCCAAAACAGUCAAGUAGUUGACAUGCAAAAAAUGUUAGUGCGCACGGCUAUUCAGCUUUUGCAAAUGGAGUAUAUUGGUAAUAAGUGAGGAGCUAAAGGUCAUUUUAAUGGAUAGGUUUAGUUAUAUAUUAUAAUAAAUUUAACUGAUGAAGAUUAAAUUGGUACCAUAGUUAUUUUAAACUGCUCAUUUUUUAAUUUUAACUAUUGAAUUAUUGUCAUUUGUUCUGUAAUUCCAUGAUAAGCUUAAAAACGUUCUGUGAUUGAAGUAAUGAUUAUGAGAAAAUGUUUCGCAAUUGCUGAAAUGACAAUAUAUUUUACCUGCAGAUCUUUGUAUUAAAUUUUAAAAUUUG